AUGGAGACCCUGGAGGAAAGUGAACUCUGCUUUCCACAACUCCUCAACUCCUCCUGCAGGAAGCCAAAGCGUUCACUCACUGAGGCUGUGCUUCUUUACAGUCUUCUGUCCUUCAUCUCUCUGCUCACUGUGAUUCUCAACCUGCUGGUCGUCAUCUCCAUCUCACACUUCAAGCAGCUCCACACCCCCACCAACUUCCUCCUCCUCUCUCUGGCUGUCUCAGAUUUCUUCGUGGGCCUUCUCAUGUUCUUCCAAAUCAUGCACAUAGACGGCUGCUGGUUCCUCGGUGACUUCAUGUGUGUUAUAAAUAUUGUUUUAAGUUUCAUUAUUACUUCUUCCUCAGUAGGAACCAUGGUGCUCAUAUCAGUCGACCGCUACGUAGCCAUUUGUGAUCCUCUGCAUUACUCCACCAAAGUCACUGUGAGAAGAGUUAGAAUCUGUGUUUGCCUUUAUUGGGUCUAUUCUGUUCUGUACAUCAGUCUCAUAUUGAAAGGUAACUUGAAACAACCAGGCAGCUAUAAUUCCUGCUUUGGAGAGUGUGUGAUUGUCCUUAACUAUAUCGCAGGAGUUGCUGACCUUAUUUUGACCUUUAUUUGUCCUGUAACUGUCAUCAUAACUCUGUAUGUAAGAGUAUUUGUGGUGGCUGUGUCUCAGGCUCGUGCUAUGCGGUCUCAUAUUGCAGCAGUCACACUUCAGGGUUCAGUGAAAGUAACUGCUAAUAAGUCUGAGCUGAAAGCAGCCAGGACUCUCGGUGUGGUUGUAGUUGUGUUUCUGACAUGCGUUGGCCCAUAUUUCUGUUCUUCUCUUGUAAACCAAGAUAGCUUGUUUGGCAUUGCUACUGUUGCCUUAGGGACCUGGUUGUUCUAUUUUAACUCUUGUCUAAAUCCAGUGAUCUAUGCUUUCUGCUACCCCUGGUUUGUAAAAUCUAUUAAGCUCAUCAUAACAUUCAAGAUACUUCAGCCUGACUCCUGUGAUGCCAGCGUACUGUAG